AUGGUGAUGAUGAUAAUGAUGGUGAUGGAGAUCGUUGGUAGUAAUGGACUGAUGAUAAUGAUGAUCGUUGGUAGUAAGCUUGAAAGAAGCUUGAGAAUUGAGAAGGAAGCAAUCCGAAUCCUAGUUUUGAGUAUCGAGCUCCGUUUUGCAUAUCCUUCUACAGAUUAUCCUAAACUGAUAAAAAAGGCGCCUGUCGAGUUGGUGUAUAACGAUAUUAAUGAUCCGAUCAUCCCAUGGCCGGCUGAACAAUUUGAAGAAGGCGAUAAGGUUAGUGAUGCAGAGGGAACAACAAUCGGGUCCUCUCAUGGCUGGGUAGCCUCUUUGAUGCAUGGCGUUGGCAUUUUGCGUCUUCAUGAUGAUCUAAACCCGGUUGCAUCUGAUGCAAAUCCAAAAUGCAUCACGUUGCCUCCUCUUGUAACUUUGCCUCAAUGCCAAACCCAAAUCAUCACCAACGUGUCCUUGUCCUCACUAUCUCCAGAGGAGGAAGAUUGUGUCGUGGCUAUUAAGUUCAUGGGACCCCAACUCAGCUACUGCCGACCCUCUGCUCAAGGCAACUCCAAGUGGUUCAACAUCAGGAUCACAAACCCUUGCUUCUUCUCCUCCCGUCUCAUGUUUUCCAAGAGACAUAACAUGUUUUGCAUACCUGGAUCUGGAGGCCAACUCAUUGCAUCAUGGAAUCUCUGCAAAGACGAACACACACCCAAGAUUCAGGUGUUGCGAUAUGUUGACCUUCCCGAGCUGAGCGAAGCAGAACGUGAGGUUAUGGAUACCUGUUUCACCACCGAACACUUGGUGGAAUCGCCAUUAGGUAGAACCAUUUUGGUCAAGUGUUUCAGACAGACCGUGGACGGUACCAAUUUGAAAACAAAAGCUGUAUUGGUGUUCGAGGUAACCCCCAAGGGAAAUGCAUUCUACACCCGCCACCUUGGAAAUGUCACUAUUUUCAUCUCAAAGUCUGAGUCAUUCUCUGUCCGUGCUAGCUCUUUUCCUGGGGUGAGUCGUAACCAAGUCUAUAUCUUGGAUGACACCGAGAUUGUAUUAUUCAGCCUUGAUGAUUCUACCAUCUCAUCUUCUACUGAUAGAGUCGUGGCCCCUUACUUUUUCCCACCUCAAAAUAUAGAAUAUUAAGUUUGGGAUUGAGUCGAGUCUAGAGUCUGUCUUCUCUUUAAAAGCUUUCAGCCAUCAA